GCUUAAAGCAAUAAUAUUCAUCGCUUGUGCACACAGUUGAUAAUAAGAUUUUACUGAUUAGUGGUGCGAUCGCAAAAUAAACAAAAUCAAGUUUUCCCUACGUGAUAUUUCAAGAUGGUACGAGUCUGGUAUAUGGAUGAAGAACAAACUGAUCCACGAUUGGAUCAUAAAAAAACUCCUUCUGAGAAUGUGUCAAUGGAAGAUUUGUACAAAAAAACGGGAGUUGAAUACUUUCACAUAGACGCAGACAAUUUCCGAAAUGAUGCAUUGCUGAAACAAAUACGUGAAGACAGGAAUUACAGCUAUGAAGAUGAGGUAACUAUCGCUAAAGACACUUUACCUGAUUUUGAAGCUAAGCUCAAAACAUUCUACACUGAGCAUUUACACACGGAUGAAGAAAUACGAUUGGUUUUGGAUGGUUCGGGAUAUUUCGACGUCAGAGAUGAAGCAGAUAAAUGGAUUCGAAUUGAAGUUGAUAAAAACGACUUAAUAAUUAUACCAGCGGGAAUCUAUCACCGUUUUACAUUGGACAUGAAGAACUACAUCAAGGCGAAACGCUAUUUCGUAGGAGAACCCAUUUGGCUACCUUAUAAUCGCCCAGCAGAUGAUAUGGAAUGUCGUAAGAAAUAUUUACAUGAUCAAUCCAGAUUGAUCUCUGAGUGCGCUCAGUAAUUUUGUUGAACUUAAUAAAUGAACAUUGUAAAGGACUUUUAAUAAAUAUUUGAAUUUUGCAUACAAUUUA